CAAGCUAACCGAAGUCUGUGUACACUCUCGGUCACGCCAGUUCGGGCAGACACCACUAUUCAACUUGCGACAGCAGCCCGGAUAAAGCCGGCCAAGAUGUCGGCUGUCGCGCCGACGACCGCCAGACGCGCCAACCAGGAGACCCGCAAACGUCACGAAGGCACUCACACCGCCCGUAACGUGCGCCGUGGAGAAGCCGGCACCACCAAGAAAGGACGCGGCGCUCGUUCGGCCACGAAAACGCCGCACAUCGCCACGCCAAGGACAAGAGAGGCUUCCACUGCGAAAAUAGGCGUAGGCCGAGACUCAGCGGCGUCCAAGGGUGAUGCGAGAGGCAGUGGGCGCAGCAGUUUUCCACACUCCGGGACGACGAAGGGGCAGAGCCCGGUGGAGGAAAGGACAGUGCACUCGGACGGCCAGUUGGCCGAUUCGAAGACAGAAGAUGGAGGGUCACUUCGCCGGGUUCAUAAGUCACGUUCUGGGAAAAACGCAGAUGAAAGCCACGCCACUUCGUCUGCUUCCAGGCCGCCACCUGACGCUUCAGCCAAGAGCACUGCAGCUGAGAUGAGACAUCCAUCGCCACUUGAGCAAAGCCGAGGAGAAAAUCGAGCGAAUCCGUCCAGCGCUGCGCCAGCCGGUGGGGUUUCAAUUGGAGCAGAACAUUCGUCGCAUCCCGGACGAAGCGGAGCCGCAGCGGUAGCCAGCGGCGCGGAAACAUUCAAAGCACACGAUCAGACGGCGUCCUCCGGGAUCACUCGAGUUCCCCGCUUGGCGGAAGAGGCGUCGGCGCGCCACGGCGUCAACGUCACAGUGGUGCAGCUGUCCACUCCCGAGUCACGAGGAGCAGCUUCAAAUGAGACGGCAAAUUCACCCGCUGCCAGGCACGGCGAAGCCGACGCAGAAUUUGAUGCUUACUCGGACGCAGACCUUCGCGCUCCCAGCCGCCUUGUGUGCACAUCGGGCAGCCGCGCCACCUCGGAGAAGAUGCUGCCUCCGGACGGCAUUUGCGACCGGCUCUUUUACACCGAUGUCGUGUGGCGCGAGAUGGCCGUGCGCGGCAGCCGGGACCAGCCGAGCUGGGAAGCCUUUCAGAGGGCUGCCAGGGCAGCCACCAAGACCGGACAUGGUCUUUCCGUCGACUAUGGACAAGCUGAUAAGUUUUUCGCAACUAUGACGACGUCCAUCGGGGAAAAAAAACUGCGCGAACUGUUUGACGGCAAGGUGACGCACUACGGCGUGCUCAAGGCCGACGCGACAGUGGGGCAACUUUUGGAGGACAUCCACGGGAAGCUGGGGGUACUAAAGAUUCUGAAACAGUUGCAAGACCAGUUCGCCCGCAAGAACGAAGACAUGCGAGCGAGCCUUGACCUUGUGCUCGGCGUCAAGUUCCGUUCCUACAAGAGCUUGAUUGACAGCAGCCAGCACUCGUCGGCUAUGACGGCAUUGGCCAAUCAUCUCCCAGUCACGAUCUUCGUCGUUCACACGCACAUUCAAGACUGGAAAAUGGGAAGUCAUCCCGCCAUGGGCACUAUUUGGCAGUACGGGAACGACGCCUCCGACAAGCCGAACGAGCCGUCUCUCAAACUCACUGCCAAAGAACUGAGUGUUGCCAGUAUCCCUAUGCGGACCUACGUCAUGCCUUCUUUCACGCUGAUGGUUGCAAAAUCCGAACAGCAACAAAACUCGGACAAGAGCCUGAACGACACCUAUGUAGCUGGGACAGAAUUCACUCAGCUCUGCAGCCACAAAUCAAACGUCUCAAUUAUGAAGGAGGGAAUCAUCAAACAAUCUGUCACAGACCACAACUUGACUUACACUUACGAAGAUGCCGAAACCAUGACUACAAAGGCAAAAGCUUUUUUCAAGCUAUACAACCAUGCACGUCAAGGGUGGGCCGUGUUUGACACAGACUAUGAUGACUACGACAACAGCUGUGGAGACGGCAGUUUCAACAGGCUAACGACCUUCAAAGCAACACUAGACGAGUGGCCGUCACACGUGACUGAUAGUAAUAAAGCCUGACAAAUGUACAGAAAUCGACCAUUUGUAU